AUGCAGUCUCAGCUAGACCCUCUACCAAACGACUUGCCUUUCCGCAUCAUAUCGAAGACAAUUGGGAGGGGAGCGUAUGCGUCAAUCAAAAAGGCAAUUCCGCCCGAGGAACUCCAUCCUGUCUUUGCAGUUAAAUUUAUACACAAAGCAUAUGCUGUCAAACAUGGCCGAGUCUCAGCAAAGCAGAUCGCCAUGGAGGUAUCACUACACUCCCAUAUUGGCCAGCAUCCCAAUAUAAUAGAAUGGUUCGCGACUGGGGAGGAUGCGGUAUGGAAAUGGAUUGCCAUGGAAUACGCCGAGGGAGGAGAUCUAUUCGACAAAAUCGAGGCAGAUGUUGGGGUCAGUGAAGAUAUUGCGCACUUCUAUUUCACACAGCUGAUCAGUGGAGUGAGCUAUAUGCAUUCGAAAGGAGUGGGACAUCGGGAUAUCAAGCCGGAGAACAUACUGCUCUCCGAUAGUGGAAACUUGAAAAUCGCAGACUUUGGACUUGCUACGCUCUUCGAAUACAACGGCAAAACAAAACUGAGUACAACAAUGUGCGGCAGCCCCCCAUAUAUUGCACCCGAAGUUAUCACUUGCUCGAAGAACGGCCAAUCAAGGAAUCCUCCAGGGUACGCUGCGAAUCUCGUCGAUAUUUGGUCCUGCGGGGUGGUUCUUUUCGUCCUGUUAGUUGGAAAUACGCCAUGGGAUGAACCUACACCUGCGAGCUGGGAAUUCGAGGAAUUUACUCGCACGGGAGGACGGAGCACAGACGAGCUAUGGCAGAAGCUCCCUGCGUCAGUCUUAUCACUAUUGCGAGGCAUGCUGAACGUGGACGUCGCCAAUCGUUACAAUUUCGAACGUAUCAAAAUGCAUCCCUGGUACACAAGGAAGAAUCCUCUCCUCACGCCGGACGGCAAGAUGGCAGACCCUCUCGGGAUGGCAGCACAAAUGCUUGAGAGCAUGCACAUUGAUUUCAGCCAAAAGCCUACAGCCUCACAACGGAACCCACGCCAGAGCCAAGAUGCUAUGGAUAUUGAUUCCAACGAGAAGACCUCGAAAUUCUCCUUCACGCAACCAGAAACGCCCAUCAACGAUAUCAUGUUCGACUGGGAACGACCUCCACGCGUUCAUGCCGCGGCACUCAGUGCAACCCAACCAGCAAAUGCCAAAGAUGCUGAUAUUUCUAGAAUGACCAACAGUGCAGCAGGCCCUCUAUUCCCAUCUCUCGCCGAUGAACCAAGCAUGAGUCAAUUCGCCUCUGCCCCCACGGUACCGCUCAGCCUGACCCAACACGCCCGCCGCUUCCGCGACAUCGUCCCGAACUACUCCCUCACACGCUUCUUCUCACAUCUCUCAUCCCCUCUCCUUCUCCAGAUGCUGCGCGACGCCCUCCAUCAACUCAACGUGCCAACCCCCGCCAUUCCCCAAGUGCAAGGCCGGGACCACGCCGCUUGGAUCGGGGUCAAGACCGUCGAUGGCAGGAACUGUGUUCUGCUUGGCGAUAUCGUAGUCGACACCUAUAUCUCGGGCGACGCCGAACUGCUCGAAGUCCGCUUCGUGAAGGUCAAGGGCGAUCCCCUGGAAUGGCGCCGCUUCUUCAAGAACGUCGUCGUGCUGUGUAAGGAUGGCGUGUAUAUCCCCGGGGCGUAGCGUAAGAGAUGACAGGGCGUUUCUUUAAGAUCUAGUAGAUGGCGUUGGCGCGGUGGGUAUAAUAUGGGUUAACCUGUAGGUAAGGAAGGUAGGAAGGUACCUAGGUAAGGUAGUAAUGAGUUCGGAAUGAGAGCACUUCUUAAUGAUACUUGAGGGCUUCAUAAUCCGAUGAAUCAGUUUUAAUUCAUGCUAUAUCUAGGAUAGGAAUCAAGAUUCGUCAUCGUUACUAUGAUGAGAGUGAUCACAACGUUUAUAUAAUUAACGCCUCCCUUCUAGCAAGAACUUCCAGCAAGAGAAGUAAAGGCUGCCUAGAGAAC